AUGGCUGGCUCAAGCAAAUUUCAGUCUUUCAUCAAUUGGGUUGCCGUUGAGGACAACACCUACAAUGGUGCUCUGACAAACAGAUGGAUCAAUCCAGAUAUUGUCCCACUGCCGCCCAGCCGUCGAACAUGGGGUUAUCUAGCAUAUCUCGGCUUCGGUUCCAUUGCCAACUUGUGUAUCAGCGUUUGGGCUGGCGGGGCCUCUCUUCUGAUCCUCGGGUUGAGCAUUCCACAUAUCGUGGGUGUCAUGAUCGUUGCUCGAAUUCUCAUCAUCGCGUUCAUCCUGGCAAAUGGUUGGAUGGGAGCUGAGUGGCACAUUGGUUUUACAAUUGCUCAGAGAUUGAUCUUUGGAGUCCAUGGCUCUUACAUCGGCAUCCUCAUCCGAAUUCUACUGUCCAUCAUUUGGUAUGGUUCUCAAGCAUGGCUUGGCGGGCUUUGUGUCACCGUCAUCUUGAGCAGCUGGAGCUAUUCGUUCUUGACCAUGGAGAAUACAUUGCCUGAGAGUGCACACAUGGUGACGCGAGAUCUGAUUGGAUUUCUCAUAUUCCACAUCAUCUCGGUGCCAUUGAUGAUGAUCCGUCCUGAGAAAUCAAAAUGGCCGGUUCUAUUCGCCAACACAGUCAGUUUCUUCGUCAUGCUAGGCAUCUGUAUCUGGGCAACGACGAAAGCCGGAGGACCUGGUCCACUCUGGUCCACACCGUCGCAGACACUCGAGGGCAUCACUCCAGCAUGGGCAUGGGUCUACGCCAUCGUGGCAUCCCUGGGAGCCAUCUCAGCCGGCAUCCUGAACCAGUCAGACUUCACCCGUUUCGCCACGCGACAAGGCGUCCAGAUCCCCGGUAUGGUGUUCUCGCUCUUCGUCCCCGGCAUGGCCGUCCCGCUCAUGGGCAUUCUUGCCGCCUCGGCAAGCGUCACCAUCUACGGCGGGGAACCGUUCUGGAACCCUCUCACGCUGAUCACGCAGUGGAUGCUCACCGACUGGAGCGGCACGUCGCGCGCGGCCGCCUUCUUCUGCGGCCUCGGGUUCUUGAUCUCCCAGCUCGCCGAGAAUAUCCUGGGCAACGGCUACGCGGCAGGCAUGGACCUGGCGGGCCUGUUCCCCAAGUUCAUCAACAUCCGGCGCGGCGCCAUGAUCGGCGCCGCCCUCUCGUGGGCCGUGCAGCCGUGGCUGUUCUACAACACGUCGAGCGUCUUCGUCGCAACGGCGGCCAGCUUCUCUGUCUUCCUCGGUCCCUUGACGGGGAUCAUGCUCGUCGACUACUACCUCAUCCGCAAGCAAAACAUCGAGGUGACGCAACUGUACACCGGCUCGCCCGAGGGAUCGUACUACUUCUACUACGGGUUCAACCUGCGCGCGAUCGUCGUGUGGGUGGUCUGCUUCGUGCCGGCGAUGCCCGGCAUGAUCUCGACGCUGAACCCCAGCAUCAAGGUCUCGCAGGGCGCCAUCGACUACUACCGCGGCAACUACCUCUUCGGCGCGGCCUCCGCCUCCGUCCUGUACUGGGUCGUCUGCCAGAUCUGGAAGGUCAAGAACGCCGGCAAGCGCGACGAGUACGACUUCUACGGCACCUUCGACGACAAGGCCGCCGCCCGCAAGGGCAUCGCCGCCUUCCAGGGUGUCAAGGGCGCCGAGUCCGCCGACGCAGACGACCUGGAGGACGGCGCCAGACAACACCAACACGGCGCCGUCGUCCUCGUCGAUGGCAUCAGCGUUGCGAACGUCGACACCGCGCAAGCUCUUGCCGCCGCGACCGAUCUGGCGGAGAAGCCUGUCGAGCCUGUCGCGCUGGGCCGCACCGACGCAUCCGAUAUCGAGCGAUUGGGAGUGUCGCAAACUGAUGCCAAGAAACCUGCUCUCACGGCUUACAAUUGA